CCGUGCCUCUUUCCAAAGAUGGUCAAAGGGGCUGCCAGGAGCCAGAGGAAGGCACAGGGCUUAGACUUUACUCCCCUCCCUUUUGGAAAGAAAGAGCAGCGGCAAAUGCAAGAACUGCCCUCAUUGCUCUCGGUCGCGUCUCUCUCGCUCGCUCUCACACACACACUCAGGAGGAUUAGAAUUGGUCGCCCGGCAGCUAGCGAGCGGCGAGAAACAACGUGGGCAGGCGGGCGCGCGGUGAGGCUUAAAAGGUCAGGCGAAGUUUGCAACCUGCUGCCAACGCCGCGAGGCAGCCCCUUGGCCUCUCCCGGGUUGUCGGCGUCGGUCUCGUCGACCGUUGUGUGAGGCGCGUGGGCUAGGACGAAGCAGGAGGCUGAGCUGAAAAGGGGCUUUCCAGUUCCUUGUCUUGACUGGCUGAGUGCCCCGUUGUUACCGGGUCCGUCACAGAACAGCCGCAAUUCUCGGGGGAAGGCAGGGGGACAAAAUGCGGGGAGCUGGCUGGCUCCACGUGGAACAGCUGGGAAGGCGUUCCCACAAUGCCUCACCACCAAUCCUAGCCUGAUGCAAAUAUAUGUGCGGUUGGGGGCUUUCCUCGCAAUUGCCUUUUAUUGCCGGGGACGUCCUCCUCCUCUCCUUCCCACCCCUUCCUUUGUUUUCAUUUUUUGAAAGCUGACCUGCCUUCCCUCCUUGGUCGAGCAAAAGGUCUGAGCCUACCUGUCAACCUGUUUGGAGAGCAGAUCACAACGCCCCCCACAGAUGUGUACAGAACAAACGCCACCACGAUUUUUCUAUUUAUCGAAUUUGUUCUGAUUUUAUUAUUUUGACCUGCUCCCUCUACCUGAGAAACUGGUGGCCGCAUACUACAUUUGAAAACAUGAAUAUGAUGGCAUUGGCAGAGCAGAAGGAAUAUACCUAUAUAUACAAAGACAGCUCUCAUCCUGUGGUGUUCUUGGAUGCAUUCAGAACAUUCUACCUUGAAGGUUUAUUCACUGAUAUUACCCUUCAGUGUACAUCAGGUGUGACUUUCCAUUGCCAUAAAGCUGUGUUAGCUGCUUGCAGCAGCUAUUUCAAGGCCAUGUUCACCUCUGACAUGAAAGAAAAGUCUAAGAACCAGGUCAAACUUUCUGGACUCAGUCCUAUAAUACUGGAAUCCCUGGUGAUUUAUGCAUACACAUCAGAGAUCCAUAUAACAAAGAGAAAUGUUCAAAGCCUUCUUCAAGCUGCAGACCUCCUCCAGUAUACCUCUGUAAAAAAAGCUUGUGAGCAGUUUCUGAUAAGGCACUUGGACAUUGACAAUUGCCUAGGGAUGCACUCCUUUGCAGAAUACCAUGUCUGUUCAGAGCUAGAGAAGGAAUCUAGAAGGAUAUUAUUAUCUAGAUUUGAUGAAGUGUGGAGGCAGGAAGAAUUUCUGGAAAUCAGUAGUGGGAAACUCCAGUUUAUUCUCUCCAGAAAGAAUCUCAGCAUUUGGAAAGUGGAUGCAGCAGUAGAGCCCAUUGUUAAGUGGAUAGCCUAUGAUGUGGACAAACGAAUGGAACACAUUUAUGAUCUGCUGAGCUGUCUUGAAACAGAUUUAGAUGAAAUGUAUUUGAGGUCAGCUUUAAGCUUGUACAAGAAAUGCCAGUUAAAGGAAAAUAAGAUCCGGUUUCUAAUACACAGUGUACUGAGCCGCAUCCCAAAAGCAGUUUCUACAAGGUCUACAGCUGUUAUGUACAUGAUUGGAGGAUAUUACUGGCAUCCUUUAUCUGAGGUGCAUGUUUGGGAUCCAGUAAAUUAUGCUUGGCUCCAGGGAGCAGAUAUGCCAGACCAUGCAAGGGAAAGUUAUGCAGUCACUAGUCUGGGACCCAACAUUUAUGUGACAGGGGGCUAUAGAACUGACAAUAUAGAAGCCCUUGAUAUAAUGUGGAUAUACAACUAUGAAGAUGAUGAAUGGACUGAAGGUUGCCCUAUGCUGAAUGCAAGGUACUACCAUUGUGCAGUUACCUUGAGUGGUUGCAUCUAUGCUUUAGGAGGUUAUAGAAAAGGGGCUCCAGCUGAAGAAGCAGAAUUCUACGAUCCCUUAAAAAAGAAAUGGGUCCCUAUUGCAAACAUGAUUAAAGCAGGGGUUGGAAAUGCCACAGCCUGUGUCUUGAAUGAAGUCAUCUAUGUCACUGGAGGUCACUAUGGUUAUCGAGGAAGCUGCACUUAUGACAAAGUUCAAAGUUAUCACUCUAAUAUUAAUGAAUGGAGUGUAAUCACCACCAGUCCAUAUCCAGAAUAUGGAUUGUGUUCUAUUGCACUGGAAAACAAGUUGUAUCUUGUGGGUGGACAAACUACAAUCACCAAUUGCUAUGAUCCAGAGCGAAAUGUGUGGAAACAGAAGGCUGACAUGAUAGAAAGAAGGAUGGAGUGUGGUGCAGUCGUCAUGAAUGGAUGCAUCUAUGUGACAGGAGGCUACUCCUCUUCCAAAGGGUCAUAUUUGCAGAACAUUGAAAAAUAUGAUCCGGAAUGCAAUACAUGGGAAAUUGUGGGCAAUCUUCCCAGUGCUAUGCGCUCACAUGGCUCUGUCUGUGUACACAAUGUGUAAGAGGAAGGAAAUACUACUUAUGGGACAAGAAACUAAUAAUAUAGGGGAGCCUAGAGCUAGAGGAAGGUGAUCUGUCACCUAACUAUGGGACUUCAUCUAUGGAAGAAACAUGCCCUUCAAUCACUCUAAACUUCAUGCAUCAACUACAGUUAAGAUCCUACUUUGCUAAUACAAGGACUACAGUUUCUUUCUCUGCCUUUCAAGGGACUGAGUGUUCUGAUUACUAUUGUAGCCAGAUCUGAACAACUACUGGUUUUAGGGUUUUAUAUUUCUAAAGGGAGAACAGACAAUGCUUUUUUUGUGCAAGCCAAUAUCUUUUUGCACCAAACUCUGUCUUAAGGUCCAUGUUAAACAGUGAUGCGGAACCUGUGAUCCGCCAGAUAUUGUUAGACAAUUCUCAUCAGUCCCAGCAUGACCAAUGCUUAUGGAUGAUAGGAGCUACAGUCCCACAGCAUCUGGUGGGAGGGAUAAGUUUUGCAUCCUUGGCAUAACAUCUCCAUUGUAUCUCAAGAUCACAGCAAACUGCAGACUUGGACUUUUUCAUCAUGCCCAGCAACAUAUUUUUUCUCUUUCCCACUUGGCCCUUGGGGUUUGAAAAGUUGUUUUGCUCAACAUCAAGCCUCAGUAAGGGUUUGGGUGAAUUCAAUAGUUUGGUCGCUAUUUUGUGACAUUUUUAUUUGGUUCUAAUAAAGUUAUUAUGCUACUGUUGCUUUUGGACUUUCCCCCCCCCCAACAGACAUAUAUGACUGCUGAAUAUUUUUUGUCUUAAUAAAUCUGUAGUACAUUUUGAAUUUUAUGUUACUCUUGGGUAGCAGCUGUGUAUAAUCAGUAUAAAGCAUUACAGUAAAAUAUAGAUGUGAAAAAUUGAGCAUUGCCUAAUUUUAGGGCCGUAGAAUGUUAGGCAGUGGCACAUUCUUGGUUUGGAUUAGGCAGAAAUCCCUGCUAUAUUGUACUUAUAUAAUUGCAUACCUGAUGCACUAUAAAUUUGAACAAUGUAGUGGUUUUCAAAUAAAUUUUAGACUAAAUAUAUAUUUUUUCAUAUUUGUAAAUUACUUUGUAAAUCAUGUUUAUGUUUCAGAAUGACAUCUAAAAUGACUUUAAAAUCAAAUUUGUGAUCUAGGUCACUGAAGGUAACUAGUUGCUUAUGUUGUAACCUUUUCUUAUGUAGCACCACUAAGAUUCAGUCUGCACAUAAUCCUAAACCAAACUAUGGCUUAAUGUGAAUAAGCAGAUGUGGUGAUGCACAUUUAGAAAGUCAUGGCCACUUUGUUCCUCCCCUGGUUCUGCUGCCAUGUUACUGAGUGUUAUGCCAUGGUUUGGUUUAGUGUUACAUGUGAACCCAAUCUCACAGUUUGUCUUUCCCAGACAAAACAUGAGCAGUAAGCCAACCCUAUUUACAGGUCAUGGUUCAUUUUGAGCAAGGCAAACCAUGAGGCUGGGUUUGUACAUAAUACUAACCAUGGCUUAGCUCUUGGUAGCAUGGCAGCAACAGGAGGGUGACAAGCUUGGUAGCCAUAAUUUUCUAAAUGCGCAGCAGUAUGCUUGAUUGUUCACUUUAAGUCAUAGAUGGCUUAGUGUUACAUACGAACCAAGUAUAAAAAAGAAUUUAUCUGUUAUUCCAAAUACAUAAUAAUCUGGGAUGUAUCUUAAGAGAUGUAUCAGUGGAGGGGUUCUACACUGCCUUGCAGCCUCCAAAAUGAUCUUAAGUAUCAAAUUCUAGCCUAAUUUUUGCUCAGGAAGCACAUGAUAUAUCAAUGCAUUAUCUCAUAAUUUAUCUGCAGUUAUAUACAUAUUUCAAAAAUCAGGAGGCUUUUCUGCUCAAAAGUAUACAAACAGUUUCACAAGGCUUAGAGGUUUAAAACUUUAUUAGAUGAUGUUUCUUGGGGGAUAUCCUGACUACCUCUGUUUCGAACAGUAUGGUUGUAUCCAAAGGAGGAAUUAACAAGUUCAAGGCUAGAUGCCCAAUUUCCACCAAUUCUCCCUACAACCUGCAGCCUUCUGCAGGUUGGUGGAUACUCCAGAACAACGGAUACGGUGCAGAGGUCUGCAGUAGGUUGUAUGAGCAGAAGUGCUUCUGCUUGCUAAUGCCGCCACCGGAUACAACCCUCUGUGUGAGAACCCAUCAUACAUGUAUGCAGAGCUUGGAAAAGUUACUUUUUUGAACUACAACUCCCAUCAGCCCAAUCCAGUGGCCAUGCUGGCUGAGG